GUGACCCGGAAGAAGUUCCUGGAAUGACACCAUGGCAGCAGAAGGGUCGCUGGAGGCAAGACGGCCGGAUGCUUAUGUGUUACCUGCUGAGGCCUUGUAACUGAUCGGGACACCGGGGAUCAUACACAGGGAGACGGUACCGGGCACACCAUCCGCCGGGGGACAGACUGACAGCUGUAAUAUUGGACCUUGAAGGAGCGGAGUGGCCAUGGAUGACUUCAGUUCUAUCAGCCUGUUAUCCCUGGCUAUGCUGGUGGGAUGCUACGUGUCGGGAAUAAUUCCCCUCGCAGUCAAUUUCUCUGAGGAACGUUUAAAGUUGGUGACGGUGCUGGGCGCAGGUCUGCUCUGUGGAACGGCAUUGGCGGUGAUUAUCCCAGAAGGUGUCCAUGCGCUCUAUGAAGAAGCACUAGAAGCAAAGCAUCAUGAAAUUGGAGAAAUCCAGAAAGUGAAGGAAACGGAGACUGGAGCGGAGGUCUUGGAGGCCCAUGUCCAUGAUCACUCUAACUUGCAUGCUUACAUUGGAGUCUCAUUGGUACUUGGCUUUGUAUUUAUGCUGCUGGUGGAUCAGAUUGGCAGCUCUCACAUGCACUCUACAGAAGAUCCAGAGGCAGCAAGAGCAGCCAGUUCCAAAAUCACCACAACUCUGGGCCUAGUGGUGCAUGCUGCAGCUGAUGGCGUUGCUCUUGGAGCUGCAGCUUCUACUUCUCAGACCAGUGUUCAGCUGAUCGUGUUUGUCGCCAUCAUGUUGCACAAGGCUCCAGCAGCAUUCGGCUUAGUUUCGUUCCUCAUGCACGCAGGACUGGAGCGUAACCGCAUCCGGAAGCAUUUACUUGUAUUUGCUCUUGCAGCCCCUGUCCUUUCAAUGCUGACAUAUCUGGGAUUGAGCAAGAGCAGCAAAGAGGCCUUGUCGGAGGUCAAUGCCACUGGUGUUGCAAUGCUUUUCUCUGCUGGGACAUUCCUCUAUGUAGCCACAGUCCACGUACUUCCCGAAGUAGGCGGAAUGGGACACAGCCACAAACCAGACUCGGGCGCUGCUAAAGGACUGACCCGUAUAGAGGUGCUGGCCUUGGUCAUCGGAUGUUUAAUACCUCUCAUUUUAUCUGUUGGACAUCAGCACUGAAACACCGGAGAAUUUCCAAAUCUGUUUUGAAAAGCAAUUCACACUGGACAGGUCCAGGGACAUUGUAGUGGGGCUCCUGAUUUCUCUUAUACUUAGCAUUUGUGUAGUCGGAAGUGACUUUAAUAGAACUGGAUUAUGCCGCUGGGGUGAUUUUAAUUGUCUUACAAUUCAGUGACUUCACCCAGACUUUCAACCUGUACAUAAAUGUGUUUUUUAAUCAUUGUUUUCGCUGGCUAUGUGUAAAAUGCCACCCGUUCAAUUAAUGAAUGACCGCGGUGACUUUGGGGAAAUGGUAUAAUGUUUGUCUGUCGCCUCCUAUUUUUUUUUUUUCUGUUCUUUAGAGUACUGUGAUGCCUAUUUGUGACCACACAGUUACACUCUCCUGUUGUCUGCUAGGGGAUUCCUGAAGUUGCAAAGCAGUUAUGUUGGUGGCCAGAUAAAGAAAAGCUUUAUAAAACCCCAUGCCAGUAGUUUUUAGGGUACAAUCAUUGGCGCUUACUAGAUUUAUAUCCACAUGUGUACAACCGGACAUGAGAUAUAUGGCCUCAAUCUAUAACUAACCAUAACAAGCCACAGGUUUUUACUUUUACAACUUUAAAUCGCAACUACGCAUGUGCAAGAAUGUGCAAAUUCAAUCCAAUUUUAUAAAUAUUCAGGCUUACUUGUGAAGGAUUUAUAUAUACCCUCGUCUUUUUAAGCUUGUGUUAGGGGGUAAAGCUCAUCUGUAAUCGGACUGAUGCUGUCCUGCGUAAUUACCUGGCCUAACAUUCUUUUUUUUUUUUUUUUCUUGUAUCUGAGUGUUUAGGAUGUGAGAGCAGCAAGUAAAAAGGAUAAAAACGCAUUAAAAACCUCAUGCAUACACACAUGGAGAAAGGCACAUGGAGCGCUGGGACUGUGCUGUGAACAAGCUCCUUCUCUCUCUGAUGUGACAAGCUAAUUUGCUAAAUAAAAUGAAGCUAUGUAAGCUGAACAAAAAAAAUUCAAAAUCUAACAAGA